UCGUAUUUGUUGUCUGCUUCUGAUCUCUCUCUCUCUCUCUCCGCGCUGAUUUCACUGACUCUCCACCGUCGAAGCACAUUGUGGCGAGUGGGGAUGUAGCUUUGCUUUGUUGAUUUCACUGGUGAAAUCUCCGACCAGUUUGUGGCUUUGUUAGUUCUUGCGUCUGCCUUGCCUUCUCUGGACUUGGAUAUAGGCAAUUGUAGAUGUGCCUGCGUGUAGCCUCUUUUGUCUGAUUGUUGAUGUUUGGUUGUGGAGGAAGUGCUCAAUUUGAGGCAUGUCCUUGGCGAUUGGUGCUGGUUCGGAGAAUUUGUUCAAUCAGGGGCUAAUUUCUGUGAGUUUAUCUGGAUACAUAAUGUGAUGUGUGGCAUGUAUAAUUUUGCGGGAAAAGAUGAAUGAAGAUGCAGCUGACUUGCAGCUUUUGAUAGCAGCUGAAGUUGCAACUUUCUGCUAGCGACCAGUGUUUAAAAAAGCGCAUUUUGUGGUGGUUCUAUAAACUGCUGCUUUCUUGCUCUGGUGACCAAUUUCUCAUGUCAACACGGUACAUACAAUCAUUAGCAAUUAGUUGUCUUCUAAUAAGUAAGUGAUCACAGAGAGUGAGGCUAGGACCAUGCCAGAUUUUGAGAGAACUGUGCCAAAGAUUGAGAUUUCAGGGUUGGAGCUGCCACCUGAGAGCAUAACCCCAAGGCAUAUGGGGGACAAUGCUGCUAGCUCAUCAGGGAGCAAUUUGAGAUCGUCUUUCAUAGGGAUGGGAUUCUCACCGUCAGUUGUUGACAAAGUGAUUGAAGAAAAGGGUGAAGCCGAUGUCGAUUUAUUACUAGAGACUCUCCUUGCAUACUCUGUGAGUGAACUUGGUUGUCUGGCUCUUGAAAAACCGCAAUCUGAUUCUUCAGAAUCUGUGGAUGUCUUGUUUAGUGACACCAAGGAUGAAACAGCUGUAGAUAGUUAUGCAAAGGAGGAGCUUCAAAAACCCUAUUCUGAAUCAUCAGAUUCUCUGGAUAGCUUGUUUGGUGAUGACAAGGACGCGAACUGUUCCCCCAAUAUUUUAGGACUCGAACCUCCAAAAGAGGAUCCUGAAGUACUCAGUGAAGUUAUUGAUAAUAGUAGAACAUCCUUGAUAAGGAUGAAUUUCUCUCUGGAAGAAAUCAACUUUGCUAUUGAUAAGCUUGGUGAAGAUGCUCCAAUCAGUGAACUGGUGGAUUUUAUCUUUGCUGCUCAGAUAGCCAAAGACCAAGGCCCUGAUACACGACAUGCUGACGAAGAAAGGAAUGAGGAAACUUGCACGGAAUCCUUGUUUGGAACAAUGGACAAGACACUUCACUUGCUUAAGGUUGGAUUUUCUGAGAAUCAAAUUUCUGCAGCCAUUGAAAAGUGUGGUACAGAUGCUCCCAUUUCUGAGCUUGCUGACUCAAUUUGUGCGGAUGAAAUUAUUGGUACCUGCAAUUACAAAAACAAGAAUUGCAUGACCUCUUUCGGUGGGAACUGUUCAAAUGCUGGGAUUAAUUAUAGAUCUUUGGUUAAAGGGAUAGAAAAUGAUCCAAUUAAACAUUGUUUUGAUGCAGUGGAAGUGAAAACAGAGGACUUUACUCCAGGACGUGAUUCUCAGUACAGGGAUUUUGACUUGGACAGGUAUAAAGGCAAAAGGCCGAAAGAGGAGUAUAUAGAUGGGUUAAGCAGUUUUAAAAAGCCAAAACAAGAAUAUGAUGAGUACUCGAGCAGUGCUCUUGACCCAUCAUGGCUACAAGCAAGAAAAAGGGAGUCUCUGAUUCCUAUACCUCGGAGAGUGAUUGGCCAUAAAGGAGGAAGGGAGGGUGGAUUUGUAUCACCACAACUGUCUAAACCCAUGUCCUGCAGGAGUGUUGAUCAAGCGGUAGCAAAACCUCCAUAUUUCUUUUAUGGAAAUGUUAUCAAUUUAUCUCAAGACUGUUGGACAAAAAUAUCACAGUUCAUGUAUGCUCUGGAGCCAGAAUUUGUAAACACGCAUUAUUUCUCAGCUUUGAGUAGGAAAGAAGGCUACGUGCACAACCUUCCUAGUGAGAAUAGAUUUCACAUUCUUCCUAAGCCUUCAAUGACUAUAGAAGAAGCAAUACCGCAUACAAAGAGAUGGUGGCCAUCCUGGGAUUCAAGGAAGCAGUUGAGUUGUAUCAGUUCAGAUAUCACUGGUAUUUCACAGUUAUGUGAUAGACUAGGAAAGAUACUAAAUGAUUAUAAGGGGCUACUUUCAGUGGAAAAGCAGAGAGAUGUCCUCCAUCAGUGUAGGACAUUAAACCUUUUGUGGGUUGGCCAUCACAAACUUGGGCCUGUGGAGCCAGAACACCUAGAGCAAAUCCUGGGUUACCCAUUGCAACAUACUCAUGCUUCUGGCUUUGGCUUAAAAGAAAGACUUGAAUCACUCAAACACUCCUUCCAGACAGACACCUUGGGUUAUCAUCUGUCAGUGUUAAAGUUUUUGUUCCCAGAAGGGCUUACUGUACUAUCGAUUUACAGUGGAAUCGGUGGUGCAGAAAUAUCUCUGCACCGUCUUGGCAUUCACUUGAAAGGCGUUGUUUCUGUAGAGCCUUGUGAAACAAAGCGGAAGAUUCUCAGCAGAUGGUGGCAGAGUUCUGGGCAAAUAGGAGAGUUGGAGCAGGUUGAGGACAUUCAGAGGCUAACAAGUAACAAACUAGAUAGCCUAAUUAAGAAAUUCGGAGGUUUUGACUUCAUCAUUUGUCAGAACCCAUACGCAUACUCUCCUAACUUUGCUGCGGAUGGUAACAGCCUUUGUGGCUUAGACUUCACAAUGUUUUAUGAGUUUGUCCGUGUCCUGCAAAGAGUGAGGAGUAAAAUGGAGAGGAGCGGAUGAACUGUCCAAAAAACUCGGGAGAAUUUUUAUUUCAGAAUUUGAGAAUGUUCAAAAUUUUUAACCGUUUUAUGUUAGUUAAUAGCAAACUGAUCAGACCCAUUUUCCUGUGAUGCCUCUUCCUUAUUUAUUUAUUUUUUUUGUUCUUUU